CCCCGUUUCGCAGUGCUGCCAGACCAUGAGCACAAAGCCUUCAUUCCAUACACGGCAGCUUUCUCAAAGUCAUCCGACCCAUCGCGGCAUCAGGUGAUUCAAGCCCGCGCCAAAUCUCUCCGCCCCAAUUCCGUCAUUCUGGAUAGAGAAUGGCAAGGUUCAGGAGAAAUUCCUUUCGAAUAUUUGGUUGUCACAACAGGCACCAGAUUGCCAAGCCCUGGAACCAUGCCCGGUGAUGACAAGCCAUCAUCGGUCGACACCUUGAGAGCGCAUCAGCAGGCGGUCCAGAAGGCAUCUUCUGUCAUUCUUAUCGGAGGCGGCGCGGUGGGCGUCCAGAUGGCUACGGACCUUAAGGAAAUUUACCCUGAGAAGGAGGUGACUCUUGUGCAUUCACGAGAGCAUCUCAUGCCUCUUUACCACACUAAGUUGGACGAGAUUAUCAAGGCUCGAUUCGAGGAGCUGGGAAUCAAGUACGCUCAUAUCCCAAAUAUCCCCUCCCGGUCUCAGCAGUCGUUAACGUUUUACUUAAGGUUAAUUACCGGCUCCCGCGCUGUGAUCCCACCUGGCGGUCUUGCCUCCCAGACUUCAGUCAAGCUGCAAGAUGGUCGCGAGCUCUCAGCGGAUCUCAUCAUCCCCGCAACGGGGCAAACACCCAACAACCAGUUUCUCCAGGAUCUCAAGCAAACCGGCGAUGCCCCUCUUGUAAACCCGGCAAACGGCUUCAUCAAAGUACGACCGACUCUUCAGUUCCAAGAUCCGGCAUACUCUCACAUGUUUGCUGCUGGUGAUAUUGCCGACUCUGGUGCGCACAAGGCUGCCCGACCUGGUGCCGGGCAAGCGAAGGUGGUCGCCCAGAACAUUCUGGCUAUGAUCAACGGCCAAGAGCCGACGGAGCACAUUGUAGUUACUCCUCCGGCAAUUCAUCUGUCAUUGGGACUGGUAAGACCACACCUCCGGGUAACUAAAAAGAACUUUGUGUUCAGAAAUCCCGAUGUUGCAGCAGGACAGACUGAGCCAGCAGUCGUGCCGCGAGAAGAGGGAACAGCAGACAUGAACAUCGAGGGUGUGUGGGAGCGAAGAGGUGUCCGUGUCACCGACCCCAGAGAGUACCACCUGUAA